GAACAAAAGAUUCAGGCACAGAACUUAAGGUGAAUAUAGAGGUCUGACAGUCUGUUCUGCAGUGUCUGUGAUCAUGCAUGAUGCACAGGUCUUCCAAAGCUAGAAGCACGUAAUACAGUUUGUGCCACUAACAUGGAGAAGUGAAGCCAGAAGCUGGGGGGAAAGGUGCCAGCCUAAAAGAGGACUCUCGAAUGUGGUAACUAAGGAAAUGUACCCAGGAAAGAUCUUGAAGGGACACACACAGCUCUGCCUAACAACAAUUUGCUAAGAGAUUGCUUUAUUCAAACUGAGCUUGGCAAAGCCAGGAUAUGAACAAUUAUACAGGUGGGCUACUCUGGGGGAGUGAAGAUAUAAAGCAUCCAAUCAGGUAUUGGCAACCUGCAGAACUGUCAAAAUGCCCCUCCAACAGAUUUCUGUAGUCCCAGCGCGGGAGACUGCCAGCAAUGGGAGAAGUUCAAUGGGCAGAAACAAAGAGAAGAGCAAGGAAGUCGAGUUUCCAUCUGCAGAUCUCUAUCGAUGAAGACACAAUGGAGCAACAUUCUGAAGGAUAUGCUGUCACAACAGAUCCUAUGUUCAAUCUCUGUAUCAAGAUUGGCUGUCUGGAAGGGAUGGAUACCAAGAAUGAAGAUGUUGCAGGUUGAAGAGCUGGUCGUCUGUGCAAUACUCAAUCCCAGUUCCAGAAGAAAGGCAGUCAUGAAUAAGAAUCAAGAUUAUGGCAAGAUAGGAAAAAAGGGUUGCAGCAAUAACAUAGCCCAGCUUAACACCAGUACGAAUGGUGAAUGGUUCAAUCUCCAACCCAUUAUGGAGGAUGGUGGCGGUCAUGAAGUAACCUGAGAGCAUGAAUGGACAACUGACCUUAGAUAGCACCUUCCAUAAUGUUUCAUGAUUGAUGGAAUCAAAGGCCUUGUUAGGUCAAUAAAUGCCAUAAACAAUGGCUGGUUGAACUGUGAAUCUGAAGUUUCAGCUGUCACCAUUGAGUCCAUUCCUCAGCAUCCAGUAAUAGAACCUCUUGCUGACCCCCCCAUCUUCUGAGGAAGUUUGGUGAGCCAUCACUCAGAUUAGAAACAACAAGGCGCCAGGCCCAGAUGACAUCCCCAUGGAGGUCUUCAAAACUGGUGGAAUAGCACUCGUGCAAAUACAUCAUCAACUUCUUGUUAGAAUUUGGGUUAAUUAGGAAAUUCUACCUGACCUAAAGAAUGUCACAAUAUUGGCAAUUUUUAAGAAAGGGGACAAGUCAAUGUGUGGGAGUUACUGAGGUGUUGCCCUCCUCUCCAUUGCCAGGAAGAUCCUUGUUUAUGUGAACUUAGAUUUCGUGACUGCUGGAAUUGAAGGAGAUCAGCAGUGCGAAGACUUGUGGGAGUCAGGGGUAACAGAGGAGCUGAGUGGGAGAAUUUCAGACAUUGAGAAGGGAUAAGUGGAAGGAGAAAAUGUUGGGCUGGUGUCAAGCGAUAGCUCGUAACCCUCACAGACUCCCAAACAUCACAAGAACACCCGAGGUCUCAGGUGAUGCUUCACAUACCUCUACCUUGAAUGACAAAUCCCCAGGCCGCUCUACAAGUCGAUCAAGUAACAUUUCAAAGGCAAGCAGUCCUACAACAGGAACAGCUCCUAGGAGUCAGUCACGGUUGUCUGUAUGCCCUUCUACUCAGGACAUCUGUAGAUCUACCACCUUGCAUGAUGUGUCAGAAGAUGAGUUUGAACAUGCAACACCUGUCAUGGUGCUGACCCCUGCUAGUAGGGAGUCUGGUAAGAAACAAGUGAAACGAAGGUAUAGGCAGAGGAAAGAGACUGGUGACAAUGUUGAGAAUACAGAAAAGCAAAGAAAAGAGGACUGCAAAUUGUACCCGAUGGUUGCAAGCUCCAGAUGCAAUGCAUUGCACAAGGAAACAUCUGAUUCAUCAUCCUCAGAUGAGAAUCAAUGGGCUCAGGCUAGAAGGAGAGCCAGAGAAAAGGUUAAAAUGCCCAGGAGAGGGAGAAGGAGCAAUAGAUCUUGCAGUAACACAAAUGGAUCUCCAAAUAACAAUGCCAUUGAACUUGUCACUCUGGGGACAAAAGGGGAAAAGAAAAAAGAGAUGUCUGAUUCUGAUAACCACAUUUUAAAUCACCGGAGAAGGGUUUCAAGAUGUAAAGAAUCUUGCCUUUCGCUGUCUUCAGUGUCCUCUCUGGAGGCGAGGAAUUACUCAAGAAAAUGUGGAAAAAACAGGGGCAGAAGCAACCCCCGAGAGCUGCACUUUUCAUCUCAUCUUAGACAAAAUAAAGUGUUCGGGGAAAGCUUUACAGAGAGAGGCUCUGGCAGUGAUACUCUGACAGUUCCAGAAAAUGGAGAACCUGUUGGGCCAGCGCCCAAUGUGACUGAUGCAGUUCAGAAACUUCCUGUUUUAUAUGAUGACUGGUCUGAUGAUUUAGAAGUAUGCAGGAUCUGUCACUGUGAGGGAGAUGAUGAAAGCCCCCUCAUCACACCAUGUCGCUGUACAGGGACCCUACGCUUUGUUCAUCAGGCCUGCCUGCACCAGUGGAUUAAAAGCUCAGAUACACGCUGUUGUGAACUCUGCAAGUAUGACUUUAUAAUGGAGACCAAGCUCAAACCUCUCCGGAAGUGGGAGAAACUACAGAUGACAACAAGUGAAAGAAGGAAGAUAGUCUGUUCAGUUACAUUCCAUAUUAUUGCUAUUACCUGCGUUGUUUGGUCAUUAUAUGUUUUGAUAGAUCGGACUGCUGAGGAAAUUAAGCAAGGCAAUGACAAUGGUGUCCUUGAAUGGCCAUUUUGGACAAAACUGGUUGUGGUAGCAAUUGGGUUCACUGGAGGCCUAGUCUUCAUGUACGUACAGUGUAAAGUCUACAUUCAGUUGUGGCGCAGAUUGAAGGCUUACAAUCGAGUGAUCUUUGUUCAAAACUGCCCGGACACUGCCAAAAAACUGGAGAAGAACUCUUCAUGCAUUCAGAACUCUGAAACCAAGGAUGCUGUGGUAGUACCAGUAUCACAGACAGGUACAAACUCACAGCAAUCAGCUGAAGAAAUGACCUCUGAGGUCAUGCCAGUUUGACAGAGGUGGCAUUAUUUCUUUAUUGAAGGUGUGCAUGUUUUUUACUCCACGGCCACUACAGAAAGUGGAAACAAUCAUGCAUUUUAAAUAAAAGAACAAAAAACCCUGACCAGGGAAAUGGAUACAGUGAAGCAACAUGCAUUACUUAUGGAAUGUGACCGUUUGUGAAAUAGUUUCUCAGUCAGCCAGGUGUAGUGGAAGUGUAGAAAGCACAACAGAUAACAAUUCUAACAGACAGUGUCAAACAGACAUGACAAAAUGACCUUUUUAAACUGGAUGACCAGGAGGAAUUGGAAACAGACCUGCUAUAACUGUUCUGUUACAGAAAACAUCAACAACUUUCCAUCUAUUUGUUACCACUAGGCAUCCUAUUUGCUAAUCAUCAUCAUCUUAAAAAUACACUUCAAGGUGACACUACUAAAAAGUCAUUUGCAUUAAACUUGUAUCAACAAAGUAAACAGACCUGCACCAUGUCACUCACUUUCUAAAUCUCAAAGUCAUUGUUCAACAGGUGAAUGGCUACAUUGGAGCCUGAAUGUUUUGGCAGCCAUGUGAGGUGAGGAUAUGUGAAGCACACAUUCAGUGCUUUUGGAUAGGUGUGUGUUUUUUUUUGUUUGUUUGUUUGUUUUUUGCAAAAUAAGCAAUUUCAACAAGUAGUCUUCAAGUCCUCUAAUUGCCUCAAACAAUUCCUUGGUCCCAUAAAAUACAAGUAUUAUUUAGCCACAAGGCUAAAAUUAUUAGCUCUACAUCUGGAACAACACCUUUAGUGCUGCUUAUCUUAAAGUAAAAUAAAUGACACUUGUUAAGUGAAUUAAUGUGAACUCUGCCAAUAUAUGUAGAAAGGAUAUAUAGAAAAGUUUUUCUCCAAAAUGGAAAAAGACAAAGUAUAAUCGGAGGCAUUACAGGUUGAAGCAUGGAGGUCAUUACAAAAGAAUAUGAAAUGAAUUUAUACCCUCACACCCCUAGGAAUGACAGUUAAAGACUGAGCAGGGGCAGAAUAUUUUAAGAGUUCAUGCUUCAGCAAUUAAGGUAAUCACAAAAGAGCAUACCUGGACCUAUUAAAAGAUGCCAGUAUCACCCUGUUCUGACUUGACAUUGAGCGAUUACGGAUUCAGCAGUUCAGUUGUUAAUUUUGUGUUUUGAGCAUUUUCAUGUAAAACUGAAGUGUGAAUAACAUUAAAGAGUGCAAUAGAUAAAUGAAUGUAGAUAAAAUGAUAUCAAACAAAGGUGAGUUACAUAAAGAAUUUUGUGAUUCACUUCCAAUUGCUGUGGUGUUUAUUAUUGGGACAGGCGAGCGAAAGUGGCCAGAAGUAGCUGUGCAUUGGUUUGGGUAAGUCUGGGGACUAUAGUAAAUUAGGGCCCUCUUUGAUCACGUGUUUAGGAAACUGGUGUGUGCAUGUGGGGGGAGGCCAGAAAAUCAAACAAAUCAUUUUGUGGAUGUAAUGUACCAAGCAGAAUCUACCCUGCAGAAUGUAAUUAUCCUGAAUUUUCUAACCUUAAAGCACCAUUAAAUGUCAGUUGUCUUGCAAGUACUGUGCAAUUGAGUCUUAGUUUCAGUUCAAAAGGAGAUAUACUUAAACUGAAAUUGUCCCCUGAAGAGAAUUUAGGGAAAGUGAAGUAUUUAGUGUCUACUCCAAAGCCCACUGAACACCACUGUAAUUCUCCCAUUGACUACAGGGGCUUGGACUAGGCCUUUAAUCCCUUACAGCAUUAUUGAGGCCCUUUCCUUGCCGUUUUUAUUUAGUUUAACAUUUUCUGGGAAUUUAUCAGUUUGUUACAAAAAUUUAAAAAGGAUGAAAAUCUGCAGAAAAAAAUUAACUUUGCACUUUUCUGAGUAAAUAUGGGGUAAAUCUCACUGCUCCUGUUUUUUGCUUUUCUUUUGUUAACUUUCAGAAAACUCCUAGUGGUCUGAAAGGUAGUCAGAUACAGUUUUUUUAUUUUCAACCCAUUUUAGUAUGAAAACUAAUUCCCUAACUUUUAUCCAUGUUCUCUGUAAAGCUGGAAAUGGGCAUGAGAUUGACAAUCGUACAUAAGCCAGUAUUCAAAUAAUUCCCUGCUCUGGAAGCAGAGAUGGUGGCUUAAGCAACACUUUCUUUAACUUCAGUGGCAGUUUUGCUUGGAUAAGGAUUGCAGAAUUACUACAUACUAGUGAGGAAUUGUGGAACAUAAACAAAAUGCUUCUGUCCCCUAUAAUGGGCAUGGACGACUUCUUUCCUUGUUUCUUAAAAUUUGUUUCCAUUUCCAGAACUAAUGCUUUCAAUUACUCAUUUUAAAACAGUUAGUGACAAUGCACCACUUACCUUUGUGUUAGUACCAUUGGACUGGGUAGAAUUCCUCCUCCUAUUAUUUCAUAUAGUGCUAUAGCUUGAAAGCAAAUGUUUAUUUUCCUGGUCUGUCCACAACAAUACAUUCCCCAUCAUCGGAUCAAGCCCUUUUUUAUAUAUCUGUACACUGCAGACACACUUCAUCUAUGAAGAAAAUAUUUUACACUGUGUAAUACUUGGAAGUAAGAGUUGUUACUUGUUUAACCCCAUUUUCUUUUCCAAAAAAGGUGGUUUUUUUGUGAGUGAAUAUGUACUGAAAGAAGGGGCGGGUGCUUAAGGGAAACAAAAUGAAUAUAACUGCUAAUUGUUGUAGAACAAAUUUGUAUUUGUAUUAAACAAAUGAC